GUAAUUUUGAGUAACAUAGGACUUUAGAACAGAUAAAGGGGGAUCAUCAGGUUUCAUAAUUUGGGUUUUCUAUUUGCCAACCAGUUACUAGUUACUUUUUUAUUUCCCGACAGUAAUGUACCGGAAUGACGUCAUGUUGCAUCGAGCAACGAAUCGUCAAGUUUUCACCGCAUGUAGCUUUCUCUUCCGGUGAGCAGAUAGAGGGUACUUUGUUACCAUCAGCUCCCAUCAAGUACUAUCUUUUUACCUGCAUUUUCGCGAUGGCUAAUGGUGAUCUUAAGACUGAUAAGGGUAUCAAAGAUUUAAAUUCUUAUUUAGCAGAUCAUAGUUAUAUCGAAGGGUGGCAACCCAGUCAAGCUGAUGUGGCAGUCUUAGAAGCUUUAGGAAAACCCCCAACAUCUUCAAAUCCUCAUCUUUUACGAUGGUAUAAUCACAUCAAAUUGUAUGAUUUAAAGACACUUCCUGGAGAAAAGAAGGCACCUAACUUCUUAAAUAGUGAUAACUCUAAUAAUGCAACAACAAUAGCUAAAACUGAAGAUGAUGAUAAAGAUGUGGAUCUUUUUGGAUCAGAUGAAGAGGAAGAUGCAGAGGCUGUGAGAAUCAGAGAAGAACGAUUAAAGGCAUAUGCAGAGAAGAAAUCUAAAAAGCCAGCAGUCAUUGCUAAGUCUAGUCUUGUAUUGGAUGUUAAACCAUGGGGAGAUGAUACGGAUAUGAAUGAUAUGGAAAAAGCUGUCAGAUCUAUUCAAAUGGAUGGAUUAGUUUGGGGAGUUUCUAAACUGGUAGCUGUGGGUUAUGGAAUUAAUAAAUUCAGAAUAAUAUGUGUCAUAGAAGAUGACAAGGUAUCUGUGGACUUACUGGUGGACCAAAUUGAAAGUUUUGAAGAAUUAGUUCAAUCUGUCGACAUUGAAUCAUUCAAUAAAAUAUAAAUGACUGUUUAUGCCCGUUACUUUUAAUAUAAACUUAAUAAAUAAUAACCAUUGUUUUGUAUAUAUAAUUUGUUAUUGGAUGAUCCUGAAGAAUUACUAAUGGAACUUCAGUGGUAAUAUAUUAGC